GUUGGGGGACGUUCCAGAACGAAAUCUGAAAAUCAAACUCCUUUGCAAGCUGAGAGUCAUAAAGUGAGAUUUUCUGAUCGCCUAAAUGAACCAUUAGACACAGAAAUGGACGUCUUACCGCCUCAUGCAUAUACAAUAACUGGAGGUUCAAGUCAAGCUGCUUCUAUCCUACGACCUUUGGCCGUGUAUACUAACCUUUCUGGUCCUCACUCAGAUCAAGUAUCCCCACGAUUUAUCUCAUCUGGUACUGGUAGUCUUCGACGACUAGUAUCUAAAAAUCAUCGGGGUGGGGCAAAUGGAAUGUCAGUUACACCUCCAGCAUUUUCACUAUCCCAUCAAAGCGAUAAAUUUUGGUGGUCAAAAUCUCCUAUUGGACGAAAAGAACGUUUUGUUUCUACCGGUAAUAUAACAGGGAAAAGCUCGGAUGACCUUUAUAUACAUCCAAAACCCUCUAAACUACCUCGCGAACAACCAGUUAGUAGUUUGGAAUUUACGACUUCACGAUUGAAAAAUCCGAAGAAGAAUUUUCCUUUAAAAACUAGUUUGGAUGUAUUACGCAGGAAAAGAGCUGGAAGUUUAAGUGGAAGAAUAGUCGACCGAAAAAGUCUAACAAUAUCACCUCAACCACCUAGAGCAUUUAUAAUGGAGCAUUUUUCCAGAUCAGAGGAGAAUAUUGUUUGUGAAACAGAUAAACCACGAAUAAAAGUCUCAAGUUAUAAUGCCACUGAACCUUCAAGUGCUAAUUCAGCUUCUAGUGUUCUAGUAACAGGACCAUUGAAUGAAAUUUCACAGAUUCCAGAGAAAAAUGAAUUAAAAAGUCAUGAUCAUGGUCAUCAUCAUCAUCACCAUCAUCAUAAUCAUCAUCAUCAUCACCACCACCAUCAUCAUCAUCAUCGUCACAACAAUCAUGGUCAUCAUCGUAACCGAGGUCUAACGCAUACAAUGACACGUGUAGUAGAAAGUAGACGAUAUUUAAUGUUCACAAAAUCACUACCAUUUUGGUCAGCUAAACAAUAUAUGGAAACACAUGGAACAGGAAUGGGUGAAUCAGAAACUUAUGCUAUAUUAUUUCAACAUACACCUUGUUAUGAUCUGGUUCCAGAUAGUGCGAAACUUAUUUUAUUGGAUAGUCAAUUAACUAUAGGUAAAGCAUUUAAAGCACUUAUUUACAAUGGUAUACGUGCUGCACCAAAUAUACAAAUUGAUGAUGUGGAUCAAAUAACAAUACAGCAAUGGAAAGAUAUGCUCAUAGCUGACAGGACACAUCGUUUAUCAUUACAAAUUACAUCGUCUACUGGUAAAAAUGUGGACAAAUCAAUGAAUAAAUCUCAUACUAGUGUUAAUUGUACAACAUCCUGGCCACCGUCAAUCAAUACAUCAUCGUCGUCAUCAAGUUCACGUUUAGCAUCUAGUAAUGGUGACAGUGAUAGUAAUAGCGGUAGUAGUAAUGACAGUGGGAGUGAUAGCAGUAGUAGUAGUAGUAUUAGUAGUGGUAGUAGGAGAAGCAUCAGCAGUCGUUCUAGUACAAAGUCAUUAUCCUCGGACCUUCCAGUAAUACAAUUAUCAUCUACCAUAUCAAAUCAAAAUUUGUCUGACAAUACAGUGAAAUGUACAUUGGAUGAUAAUGAAAACAAUGUUGGCGAUGUGGAAAUGAGAACUCAAAGUGAUAACACUUCUAUCAAUAAAAACAACCAAACACUAUGUUUUCUGAAUAAACCAAUACAGAAUAUUUUUCCUGUGCGUUUAUUUAUCUGUGAUCCAGAAGAAUCUAUUUUUAAAGCUUUACGAUUAUUGUUAAGAUUUCGAUUACAUCAUUUGCCAAUUAUGGAUUCGCCUUUCGAUGGAUGUGGUAAUAUAUUGUAUGUACUUACUCAACGUAAACUAUUGACGUAUAUGUUUGAAAAAUUGAAUAAGUUACCUCAACCAAGAUUUUUACAAUCAAGUUUAACAGAUUUGAAUAUUGGAACGCAUGGAUCCAUUUUAUUGGUUACACCAUCUACUCGUCUGGCUGAUGCACUUUUAUUAUUUCGAGAGAAUUGUGUAACUGCUUUACCAGUUGUAGAUUCAAUAACUAAUCGUCGUUUAGUUAAUAUAUUUUCAAAAUUUGAUGUAUUCACUCUCGUAUUAAAUGGAGCUUAUAAAAAUCCUAACUUGACCAUUCAAGAAGUACUUGAUAUAUGCAAGACAAACACAAAAUCUAUGGAUGAGACACAAAGAAAACCACCUGUGGAAAUAUGUCUUGCAUCAAACAACUUACUUUAUGUAAUGGAAAAAUUAGUUAAAACAGGGUACCGUAGUCUUGUAAUUGUGAAUAAUACAAAUGAUUAUCGUGUAGAUGGUAUAAUUAGUUUAUCUGAUGUAUUACGUUUUACUGUCUUACAACAAUUACGUAUAACUUCAUCAAGAUCACAACCACCAUCUGUAGCUGAAGUUGUUGAUGAACGUGAUGAAUUGAAUCAAGAUGGAAAACAAAAGAAAAAGAAAAAAUUAAAAAAAGAAAAAUCAUUUGACACUAAUAAUUUACUAUCAACUUGUUCGUCAGAAACAAUUAUAAAGAGUAAGAAUAAUAAUAAAGGCUCGAUUUCAUCACAAGAUACACCAAUCAUAUGUACAUUAAAUUCUACUCAUUCUAAUACUACAGUAAACACUAUUAUAACAACGAAUACUACUAAAACUCCUAUAACUAUAACAACAGUUACUGGAGGUGUUGGAUCUAGCCCUGAGCAUAUAAAUACUUCAUCUAGUCAUACUAUUAUUGAUAAUGUGAAAAUAAACAAAUCUAUUAAAUCUUCUAAAUUAUCUAAAAAUCGAUUGGAUAAAUCAAAAAUUAAUUCAUUAAAAUCUGACAAUACCAAUACUUCGAUCAAUAUUGAUUUAACAACAAAUAAUCAAAGUAAUAAUAAUAAUUUAUGCUCUGAUCAAAUAAUUCUAUCAACAGUUGUAUCAGAAAAAAUUACUUAA